AUGAGUUUGUUCUCAAAUAUUAGUACACAGUCUCCUGUUUAUUUUCUUCAGCUGAGUUUUUGGAGUGUUUUUCUCUGUAAUAUCCUAGGAGGCAGCCCUAACUCUCUAGCUCAGUCACGCUCAAACUCUCUCUCUCGGCAAACGUUGAAGAAGGGGUCUCUCAAUCCAUCUACCCAAACCCUUCGAGUCAAAGUAGAAGAAGAAACUCCAAUUGGCAGAGGAAAAAGGGCGAAAGAGAAGAGAAGAGAAGAGAUGUACCCGCAAACGCGGAGGCAGAUAGCAGUGACGGCGGCGUUGUUCGUGGCAGGAGUGUCGUUCAUGGGAGUGGGAGCUCACCUUGCCUACUCCAAUGUCGAGGCCGAACAAGCUCGCCUCAAAGCUCGCCGGGAUUUCGUCAAAGAUCGCCUCAGAAAACUCAUCGACGAGGACGACUAAACCUUGCAAGUAAACAUAGAAAAACGACAGCAUUUAGUACACUUUUGUUUGUCGUUUUUCUAUGUUAACUGUCGUUUCUCAGUUCAACAUACACAAACGACAAGAUUUGCUAAUACUUUCGUUUGUCCUGUUUCCAUGUUAUUGUCGUUUCUCAGUUUUCUCUUCUAAGUUUGUUCGUCGUUUUAAUCCGAUCAUAUCGUUUAAAGUGGCGGAACCACACUAUGUCAAGAAGUGGCCACAAUAUGUAUACUAUAGUUAGUAGAACUUGUCAAUAAAAAUGUUAAUGUAAUGUUUAUGAAUAA